AUGGAUUUCAUACUGUAUCUGGCUCUAAACAACAAACUGCUCACGCGAGACAGAUUAGCACAAUGGAUGCAGAUUGGGGACUUAAGGUGUAUGCUUUGUAAAGCUAUGCCGGAGACCAUUGAACAUCUAUUCUUUGAAUGCAUAAUAUCAACUACUAUAUGGAAGAAGAUUUUGCAGUGGCAAGGAUUGGUGAGGCAACCGAUGGCAUGGCAAAUAGAAAAGGAAUGGGCAAAGAAACAGGGGAAAGGGAAAUCUGCUGAAGCACAAAUUUACAGGAUGGCACUUGCAGCUACUAUCUACGCUAUAUGGAUAGAGAGGAAUAUGCGAAUGUUCCAAGGAAAGAGCAAACCAACGAUGAGUAUAGUUAGGCACAUCAUCCAGGAGCAAAGUGAUAGGGAUAGAAGUAAUAGAGGAGAUGAAGAAGCAGGUUUGGGGCCAUCUGUCCAAACUGUGCUAUAG